AACAAACAACAAUCACUCACACAACAACCCGCCAACAACGACGCCUGCGCACAAGCGAGCCAAGACAACUGCGCCUGUAGCGACUCCGACAGAGACCAGCAGCAGCAAGAUGGCGAACCGAGUGGGCAAGGUCGUGGCAGACACGGCCAGGUUCUUCCUGUGUGACAUGCAGACCAAGUUCCAAAGCACCAUCUGUCACUUCCCAGCCAUCCUCGAAGUCAACCGCCGCCUGGUGGAGGCGUCGCGGAUCAUGAACAUCCCGCUGACGGUGACGGAGCAGUAUCCCAAGGCCCUUGGCGCCACAGUGCCAGAGCUGAACAUCCCAGAAGGCCUCGCGUACCCCAAGACCAAGUUCAGCAUGGUCAUUGACGAGGUUGUCAAGGAUAUGGAGAAGGAGCCCGAGCGCAACAACAUUGUCCUCUUCGGCAUCGAGACGCACGUGUGCAUCCUGCAGACAGCGCUUGAUCUGCUCGACAAGGGCUACUCUGUCCACGUCGUCGCGGACGGCGUCUCGUCCCGCAACAUGGUUGACCGCAUGUUCGCCAUCGAGCGCAUGCGUCAUGCCGGGGCGCACAUCACCACGUGCGAGUCCAUUCUCUUCCAGCUCAUGGGGGACAGCCGCAACCAGCACUUCAAGGAGAUCCAGAAGCUCAUCAUGGACCUGUCCCCAGACUCUGGCCUCCUCUCUGGUCGCUGAUUUCGCCAGCACACACACACACACACACACACACACACACACACACACACACACACACACACACACACACACACACAACCGCACGUGGUUCCUACCACCAUCUCACAUGCAUGUGCAUCGUGCACAGUGCAGCUGUCACUGAUGCUUUCAAUUGCUGUUCCUUUAAUCAAACCCGCAUUCGCGUACACGUUCUCGCAAUCAAGUACAAGUGCAUCAUCAAUCA